AAGUUGCAAAAAAAAAGCGGAACAGCGGCGGCAGCAUAUACAAUUUAUUUCUAAAGUCGAAAUAAAUAAAAGCCUUCAAAAUUAACAAAAACGUGCAAACAGGUGGCCGCAAGUCGCUGACUAAAAUGGCUAUACAACUUGAUAAAAUUCUGGCAGACAUUGCCAAGGAGAAAGCGUUGCAUCCAAACAAUGGCGGAGCGACCAAACAGGAGCAAGAGGACGCUUGGGCCAGGAUUGGGCGCCUCAACAAACUGUCCGUGCACGAGUCGCGCUCCAUUUUCAUUGUGCUGCAGAAGAAGUACGAGCAGGAGAAGAUCAAGGGCAAUUCGACGUGGAAGUUGUUCAAUGUGAUGCACCAAAUACAUCAGGAGACCAAGGCGGUCGAGAAAGAAGACGAGCAAUUGCCCAUGGAUGAUGUGGAGGAGUAUGAAAUGCUGGAGGUGCAGGAGCAAGAGGAGGACGACGACGCUCAUCAGUUUGGCCAGCCCACCAACUCCACUGGCUCUGCUUCUUCAGAUGGGGAGAGCCCAAGCAAAUCGCACAGCACCGGCUCGCCGGAAAAGGAGGAAAAGGUGUACUCCAAGGCCAUAAUUGACACACCGCGUCCAGCGUUCGAGGAGAAGAAGCUGCUUAACACAAUGGCAAACAAUACUCCUAGGGCCACGACAAACAAUCCAGUGUCCAUGGCCGCCGCAGUGUUGCAGAAGAAGGGAAUUACCGUGAAGAAGACUCCCAGCUCGGCUGGAGCUGCACAGAAAUCGACGCCGACACAGUCACAGAGCAACAGCAAUAGAGCAACGUCCUCGUCGCGCACCACCAUUCAGUUGCCAGAUUCUUUGAAGCGCAAGCUGUCUGAGGAGUACUCGGGAUCAUCAUCGCAGAAGAAGGUGGUGAAGACACAGAGUCCCAAACAGACUGCGAACACAGUUGCUGCUGCUUUGGCCGCUGCUAGUGUGCCAGACCCCACAGUAACUUCGAACGUCGUCCACACAACCACGGCUCAGCUAAUGCAGGUAAAGAAGGAGCGAGACGGCAGCCACUCGCCACCGCCCGGCAUCAACAUCAUCACCGUACCGGCGGCACAACAGAUCAACGGCGGUGGCCCAACAUCCUCGACAGCUGCCACCGUUGCCUCCACUUCAGUGGCCUCCACCAACGGCUACUCGCCACACAUCGAGGAACUAGACUUCAAGAACGACAUUAUCUUUGAUUCAAAGCUCCUCAAGCUCAAAGAUACAAACUCCUCCAACGCCCCAGAGAUUAUCAACUUGGGCAACUUUGACCAGUCGCUGCCGCCGACAUUUUUCAAGAACUUGUGCAACUCUUCGCGCCACGAAGCCCUUGGACUAUACGUUGCAAAUGUGAUGAACAGAAUCUCAUUACGUGCCGCCGCCAAACUAGAGUUGGGGAUCUUGCGCACCAUUCUCGAUGUUCAAAGUGACGAGCUGGACCAGUAGAUCCAGACAAUACGAGUAUAUAUAUUACCUAUUUAAGUGACGUCUAAUUACUCAACUCAACUUACUUAUUAGAAGAAGUAGAAGGUAUUUAUGUAGAACGGAUCCCCCAAUCCCGUAUAAUUUAUAUUUCUAUUAGGCGCACGCGUUGAGGCGAUGCUCUCGCGAUACUGAGUUUGUUCAUCCUUCAACGUCGCUUCAAAUGGAUAUUUUGAAACAAAUUUUUAACUAUAAUUUUGACUGCAGUCCUAUUUUAUGACCCCCAUGUUCCACUUCAUUUCCAAAUAAGUUUAUACUCCAAUAAAUAUACAUAUGAGACUCACUUGUAU